GGUCCGACUUCCGGGUGCUGCGGGCGCUCGGGUCUUUCCGGAAACUUUCGGCUGCGCUGCCGAAGAGCCGAGUCCCGGUUCGGAGAGCCACAAAGAGAAGGAGGUGGAUCGCUCCCUACCGCUUUAAGGACUCGCUGCCCAGGUUACCACUGAUGCACACAAAAGAAAUAAGUAAUUUCCUUCAUUCCUCCAGCGUUUAAUAUUCCAUUGUCUACUCAUCAGGAAAAAGAGAAAUUGUACAAAAUCAUCCAGUUGACAAGAUUGUUUCCUGUGCUUUUUGAAAAGGAUGACACUGGAACUAUGGUUUGAAAAGAUACAUUUUUAUCAGAGGAACAGACUAUGCAAAAGUGCCAAUUUUUGAAAAUUGAUCAUUGGAUUUCCCUGAAACAUGAUCCUUCAGUUAUCUCUGAAGAAGUGCUUCCCAUUAUACCAUGUUUUCAAAGUCCCAAAUGCUGGUUUCCAGCACGCAUCAAGGGGAGGGCUGGUCCUACAGUCUGUUUCCCAGGACAUUUAUGAGAAUUUGGCUUUAGAGGACUGGAUCCAUGAUAAUAUGGAUUUAGAGAACAGACAGGUUCUUUUCCUGUGGAGGAAUUCUUCUACGGUGGUGAUUGGCAGGCACCAGAAUCCCUGGCAGGAAUGUAAUCUCAAAUUCAUGAGGCAGAAAGGCAUAAAACUCGCUCGAAGGAGAAGUGGGGGAGGCACCGUUUACCACGAUCCUGGCAAUAUCAACCUCACUUUCUUUACCAAUCGGAAAAAAUAUGAAAGAAUGGAAAAUUUGAAAUUAGUUGUUAAAGCUUUAAAAGCCCUUCGACCCCAAUUAGAUGUGAAGGCGACUGAAAGAUACGAUCUCUUGUUAAAUGGGAUUUUUAAGAUUUCAGGAACAGCUGCAAAAUUAGGGAGAGCUGCCGCUUAUCACCAUUGCACUUUGCUAUGUAGCGUGGAUUCAUUUGUUUUAUCAACAGUGCUAAAGAGUCCCUACAAUGGGAUCAAAAGCAACGCCACUCCAAGUGUGCCUGCCUUAGUGAAGAACCUCUUUGAAGAAGACCCAACUUUAAACUGUGAGAUGCUCGUGGAUGCCAUUGCUGAAGAAUAUGCUUCACGCCAUCAAAGCAAUAACCAUAUAAUUCUUAUAAAUCCAUCUGAUGAAACAGAAUUUCAUGGGAUUAAGGACAAAGCAAGAGAACUUCAAGCUUGGGAUUGGUUGUAUGGCAAAACACCAAAGUUCAGUAUUAGUACAUCUUUUAACAUAGUACACGAACAAUCUAGUGUUGAAAUUAAGAUAAAUAUGGAGAUCAAAAAUGGCAAAAUUGAAACUUGCCAUAUUGACGUGCCUCAGUUUUGGCUACCACCAAGCAUGUGUGAUGAACUCAAUGAUUAUCUUAUUGGCAGCAAAUUCUGUCCCAGCGAAACCUCUGCAGUGACAACAGCUUUGCUGAGAACAUGUACAGAUUACAAAUUACACAACAAGUGGAAUAUGCUAUGUGAGAAGUUAGUUGCUAUAAUGUAACAAUAUGUGACAAAGUUUGGUCCUUGAUCGUUAAGGUGGUCCAGCACAAGAUUGUUCCAGCGUAUGGUUUUCCUGACUUGACUGAACAUAAGAGAUCUAAUUAUUAUAUUGAAAUAAUAAAUUGUUUUUAAAAUGUAAAAUCGGAACAUAAGGUAAACUCUUGUUAAAAGAAGUGAACAAUAGGAACUGUUGACAUGUCUUAGCUGUGUUGUUGAGUGCCUUCCAAGACAUUUACAACUUAUGGUGGUCAUAAAGUGAACUUAUCAAGAGCA